AUGUCGCGAUCCUAUCUUGACCUCGUCCGACAAUGCGACAAUUUCCCCUACUACACAGACAGUCCCAAACUGUACCAUGAUGCCAAAAAACAUUUCUAUGAAUUCCGCAUCAGUGAUUGUGACCGACUCUUGGGCCAUAUUCCCGCCACCGUCAUACAAAAGGUCCAAUGGCCCGAUGGUUGGACCAUAGAGCAUGGCAGAAAAACCGCCACUUUGGGAUCAGGAUACUCCAGAACAGCUCCCGUGCGGUCUGAUCUACUGGCUAGAACCAUGCACAAGAUGGCGCAAAUGGACGAGUUCUCCAUCCUCAAAGGCUGGCGAAACGAGACCUUCCCUGUCUACGGACCAAGGGGGGAAAUUCUGCUGGAAAUAGAACGGUCCGGCAGUGCUCUCUUUGGCAUAGUCACCUACGGAGUCCAAUUGACGUGCUACGUGGAAGACGAGCAUGGCCUUCGUAUCUGGAUCGGGAGACGGUCGAGGUCCAAGCAGACGUACCCUGGCAUGCUCGAUAGCACGGCCGCUGGCGGACUCCAGACUGGUCGAUUUCCCGGUCGCGCAGUCGUGCAAGAGGCAGUGGAGGAAGCCUCUUUGCCAGAGUCUGUUCUGGCAGACGGUCUGCGGUCAGCAGGCUGUCUGUCGUAUUAUUACGUUCAAGGGCCUCAUUCCGGCGGCGCAGAUGGACUACUGCAGCCCGAGGUGGAGUAUGUCUAUGAGUUGAAGCUGGAUGCCAAUACUAUCCCAAAGCCUGGGGAUUCAGAAGUGGAAGAGUUUCACCUAUGGACUGUUGAUGAGGUUGCACAGGCGUUGAAAAGAGGCCAAUUCAAACCCAACAGUGCAAUUGUUUUGGUGGACUUUUUCAUUCGACAUGGGAUUUUGACCCCCGAGAAUGAUCCAGACUUUCUAGAAAUCGUGUCACGACUUCAUCGUCGACUGGAGUUUCCAAUUGCUACCGCUCCAUUGACAUAA